GUGGCUGGGGCAGCUCUGCGCGCCGGAGGAGGAGGCGGCCGCGGCCCGCGAGCGCCGCGCCCCGUCCCGCCGAAGCCCGACCGAGGGAGGAGACGAUCUUGAAAACUUUACCAGGUCCUUGAGAGAGAAAACUACAUGACACUACACCAUGAGUGACAGUAAAUGUGAUAGUCAGUUUUACAGUGUUCAAGUUGCAGAUUCAACGUUCACUGUACUAAAACGUUACCAGCAAUUGAAGCCCAUAGGAUCAGGGGCACAGGGCAUUGUUUGUGCUGCGUUUGAUACAGUCCUUGGAAUAAAUGUUGCUGUAAAGAAGCUGAGUCGUCCUUUUCAGAAUCAAACCCACGCAAAAAGAGCUUACAGAGAGCUUGUUCUUUUAAAAUGUGUCAAUCACAAAAAUAUAAUUAGUUUAUUAAAUGUAUUUACACCACAGAAGUCACUAGAAGAAUUUCAGGAUGUAUAUUUGGUUAUGGAGCUGAUGGAUGCAAAUUUGUGCCAGGUUAUUCAUAUGGAACUGGAUCACGAAAGAAUGUCUUAUCUUCUUUACCAAAUGCUAUGUGGUAUCAAACAUCUCCACUCAGCUGGUAUCAUCCACAGAGAUUUGAAACCCAGCAACAUAGUAGUAAAAUCAGAUUGUACGCUCAAAAUCCUUGAUUUUGGACUGGCAAGAACAGCAUGUACUAACUUUAUGAUGACUCCAUAUGUAGUAACACGGUAUUACAGAGCACCAGAGGUUAUCCUUGGAAUGGGAUAUAAAGAGAAUGUUGAUAUCUGGUCAGUUGGGUGCAUCAUGGGAGAAUUGGUGAAAGGUUGUGUGAUAUUCCAAGGCACUGAUCAUAUUGAUCAAUGGAAUAAAGUUAUUGAACAACUAGGAACACCGUCAGCAGACUUCAUGAAGAAACUACAGCCUACAGUGAGGAAUUAUGUAGAAAAUAGGCCAAAAUAUCCCGGUAUUAAAUUUGAAGAACUCUUCCCAGACUGGAUAUUUCCAUCAGAAUCUGAUCGUGACAAGUUAAAAACCAGCCAAGCUAGAGAUUUAUUAUCAAAAAUGCUUGUAGUAGAUCCAGACAAGAGAAUUUCUGUAGAUGAAGCCUUACGUCAUCCUUAUAUUACUGUCUGGUAUGAUCCAGCUGAAGCAGAAGCUCCUCCGCCUCAAAUCUAUGAUGCACAAUUGGAAGAAAGAGAGCAUGCAAUUGAAGAAUGGAAAGAAUUAAUAUACAAAGAAGUAAUGGAUUGGGAAGAAAGGAGCAAGAAUGGUGUGGUAAAAGAUCAGCCCUCAGCACAGAUGCAGCAGUGAAUAGCAACACCAGUCCUUCCCAGUCAUCAUCUAUCAAUGACAUUUCAUCCAUGUCAACAGAGCAAACAUUGGCCUCAGAUACAGACAGCAGCCUCGAUGCCUUGACAGGACCCCUUGAAGGAUGUCGAUGAUCAGCCAGGAUUGCAGACUUGACUUUGGAAAGGAACUGUUGCUUCCAUUGGGCCUGAAUUGCUUGUAAGUUAAUGGAACCAAGUAGAAAAACUCCAUGUUCUGCAUGUUCUGCUAAAGUAAUGCCUGUUUUUUUUACUCAGUUGUUAUGAAAUUGCCUGCUUAAUGUUGUAGAAUGAAAGCAAAUCAAUGUCUAAAGAACAAAAAAAUUUAAAUUUAGGCACUAUUAUAGGCUUUUCUUUGUUUCAGCCUAUUUCAGGUGAGCAGUUAUAAUAGACUUUUAGCCAAUAACUCCUCUUAAGUGGGUUCAUGAAUCUUCAGUCCCAAUUAGCAGGCUUCUGUGACACAAUAUUUGUUUACAUUUUAGUACAGUAUUGCUCAUUAGUAGGUUUUUUGAAUGUAUAGUCUCUAUGAAGUUUGUUUUAAUGUGUGACUGCAGCCGUUUGCUUUAUUUAAUGACGGGAGUGUUGUAUGUAAGUGUGAACUCACACAUUGAAUGCUCUCAUGUGUGGGAUGAAUGUUGAAAGGGCAGUUAUUCUUCCACAUAGCACUUUUUUUGUUUUAUUGAGCCCUUUCUAUCUUCACUUUCCAACGAUUCUGUCUAUCUUCUUGUAGAAGAGAUAAAACGUGAAGUUUAAAGAAUAUAGUCAUCUGUAUUUCACCUAUGAGUAUGUGUGUCUAACUUUUUCAGUUUUUUUAAACUUGGAUGGAAGAUACAGUGGCUUAAUUAAAUCUUAAGGAAGGAUGAGUGACUUAUCUGUGAAGCAGUGCCUGUUUAGAAGAGGAGAGAGUGCUAAAAUGUUCUGUAUUUUCUAGCUUGUGAUACCGGUCCUUUAACAAAAACAAACAGAAAAGGAAAUUAUAUCUGUGAUGCUCUUCAUUCACUGCAAAGUCUGAUAAAAGAACUGAUGAAUUGGAGAGACUUGCAGCCUCAGAAAGAGCUGCAUAAAUGUUUUCCAUUUUCUUAAUGGGUCCAUCCUAUCUAGCGAGUGAUUAAAGAAAUAAAAAUACAGUAGUUUUGAGUCACUUAUAAAUUAAGUAUUUGGUUAACAAAGCUUAGCUCUAUUCCCGCAUUAGGAAAACCUCUCUAUUUGUACUGGGGGAGGAAAACAUAUUUAAUACAUAUUUUCUAAAUACAGUGUCAGAGAAGAAGAGGAGAUUAUUUGCUGUCUCAAUAUAGGCUUAUCAAUACAGUUUUCGGAAUCAGAUAAUACAAACAUUGUCUGUUAAAUUGCACAAUAAGUUGAAUUAGAAAAUGCAUUUGCAGUAGAGUAGGGCUUAAAUUGCUUUAUACUACACACU